AUACACACCGGAAGUGUUGCUGCAUCGGCAGUAACUUGACUCGUCGUCGGCCGCGCUUCGUACAGCACACGCACGCACGCACGCGCGCGCGAACCCGUUCGGAGGCAGCACAUCAACAUGGGAGUGGAAAUAGAAAGCAUCACUCCUGGUGACGGAAGGACUUUCCCCAAAAAGGGGCAGACUUGCGUGGUGCAUUAUGUCGGUUCUUUGACGGACGGCCGCAAGUUUGACUCGUCUCGAGACAGAGACAAACCCUUCAGGUUCAAGAUUGGCAAACAGGAAGUGAUCCGAGGCUGGGAGGAGGGUGUGGUGCAGAUGAGCGUAGGCCAAAGAGCCAAACUGACGUGUUCUCCGGACUACGCGUACGGAAACAAAGGCCACCCGGGCAUCAUCCCCCCCAACGCCACCCUCGUUUUUGACGUGGAGCUGCUGGCUCUGGAAUGAUUUUCUGCUGCUGACUGGAAAAGAAGAAGAAGCAAGUCCUUGUCACAAUAUUGAUACAACACAUUUUAUUACAACUCCAAUCUUCAAAUGAAAGUGCAUGCGGUAAAGUACUCGUGCAUUACUAUGAAUAUUACUACUAUUAUUACUUUUACUGCAAACAUACUUAUACAAGCACACAAGAGUUCAAUACAUUUAGCAUUGGAAGUGCUACUGUACAGCAUGUACAGUAAAGUAUGUGUGUAGUACACACAUACUUUACUGUAUAUUGUGUACACAUUCUAUUUAGUGCCAGUACACGAAUGCCGCGUGUUCGAGUCCCGCUACUGAAAAGUUCCAUUAUGUCCGCGUAAAACUUUGCAUUAUUUUGCCCUUUUUAAAUGAUUUUCUCUCGCUUUCUUACAAGUUCAAUCCAAAAAAAGACACAAAACAAUCAACAAUCAAAUGUGUAUUUUUCUCAUGGCAGUAUUACAAAAGUACACGUAAAUCAUUGACAAUGUCUGAUACACUACAGUACCUAUGUAGUUGUGUGUGUAUGUAGGAUAAAGCAAUGGUUGCAUAUCCUAAAAAAAACCCAAUAAAAACAUUCAAUUGUCUUAAAUGCCCGGUGGCCAUUUAGACAAAAAAAAAAAAAGAUCUCAAUGAAAAUUCUGUUAGAAAAAAAAAAAGAUGCUGGGUCAUGUCCAUUCAACACAGAAGAUAUUUGUUCAUGUCUAAAAGAAAAUGUUCUCACAUGGAAAAACAAUCACCUUUACAUAACUAUACUGUAGUAGUCAAUAUAAUAUCAAACAUGUAGAAAUAUCAAAUAAAUAAAGGGAUGUCCACCUGUACAUCCUUCAUGACAACAUACUAUCAACAACCUUGUUUAAUAUUUUAUAACUUUUAAAUAGUCUUUUUUUUAAACUUUAUUUGAUGUUCUUUUACAUUCUUAAACAUAUUUGAUCACAUUUUUACUUUGACAUUUUUCAAAUUCAUUUUCCUACAAACAUUUCCCAACAUUGUUUUAUACUUUUUAACAGUCUUUAACAUGUCGUAACAUUCUUUAAUAUUUUCUGUCAGUCUCUAACAUUUCCUAACAUUCUUUUUAUAGUUUGUCGUUUUUUAAAUAUUUUAUUAUCAGUCUUGAACAUUUCCAAACAUUCUUUAAUAUUUUCUGUCAUUUUUACAUUUUCUAACAGUCCAACAUUUCCUAACAUUCUUUUUAUAGUUUGUCGUUUUUUAAAUAUUUUUUUACCAGUCUUGAACAUUUCCCAACAUUCUUUAAUAUUUUCUGUCAUUUUAAUUAAAUGAAUACAAUUUUCCAUAACAGUCUUGAACAUUUUCUAACAUUCUCUUAUAUUUUCCGUCAUUUUUACAUUUUCUAAGUCUAUAACAUUUCCCAACAUUCUUUUAUAGUUUCUGUCACUUUUUUAUGUAUUUUAGUAACAUUCUUUAACAUUUCCUAACAUUCUUUAAUAUUUUCUGUCAUUUGAAAAAAAAGAAAAAGCUUCCAUAACAGUCUUGAACAUUUCCUAACAUUCUCUAAUAUUUUCUGUCAUUUUUACAUUUUCUAAAAGUCCCUAACAUUU